AUGUGCAGCGACCUGGCCACGGAUACGUUCCCGCAGCACUCGGUGCCGGCUCGCGUGGCCCACCAGAUGAUCAAGGACGAGCUGGCGCUGGACGGCAACCCCAGUAUGAAUCUGGCGUCGUUCGUGACGACGUACAUGGAGCGCGAGGCGGAGGAGCUCAUGAUCGAGGGACUCCGCAAGAACUACAUCGACCUGGACCAGUAUCCGCAGACGGCGGAGAUCCACAACCGCUGCGUUCAGAUGCUCGCGAACCUGUACCAUGCCCCUCUUGGUGAAGGUGUGAAGGCUACGGGUACGGGCUGCAUCGGCUCGUCCGAGGCCAUCAUGCUGGCAGGUCUCGCCAUGAAGCGCAAGUGGAAGGACCGCCGCAUCGCGGCCGGUCUGUCGUAUGAGAAGCCCAACAUGGUCUUCGGCUCCAACGUGCAGGUCUGCUGGCACAAGAUGUGCAAGUACUUCGAGAUCGAGAUCCGCGAAGCCGACGUGUCUCCCGACUGCCUCGUGCUGACGGCGGAGCGAGCACGUCCCCUUCUGGAUGAAAACACGAUCGGCGUCGGUGCCAUCCUGGGCAGCACUUUCAACGGCGAGUACGAAGACAUCAAGGGCAUCCACGACAUGCUGGUCGAGGAGAACGAGCGGAACGGCUGGCACAUUCCGCUGCACGUGGACGCUGCCAGCGGCGGAUUCAUCGCUCCAUUCAUCUCGCCUGACCUGCUGUGGGACUUCCGCCUGCCCAAUGUCAAGUCCAUCAACGUGAGCGGCCACAAGUUUGGGCUCGUGUACGCUGGAAUGGGCUGGGCGAUCUGGCGCGAGAAGGAGGACCUGCCUGAAGACCUGGUCUUCCACGUCAACUACCUGGGCGGAGACCAGUCGUCGUUCACGCUCAACUUCUCCAAGGGCGCCGGCAACGUGGUGGCGCAGUACUACAACCUGCUGCGCUUCGGUUUCGACGGCUACCGCCGCAUCAUGGAGGCGAGCAUGGAGAACGCCGCCUUCCUGCGCAGAGCUCUGGUGGAUACCGACCUCUUCAACAUCGUGGACAAGGCGCACAUGCCUCUGGUCGCGUUCUCGCUCAAGGACUCGUCCGCAUACUCGUGCUUCGACAUCCAGGAGAAGCUCAAGGCCCGAGGCUGGAUCGUGCCGGCUUACACGUGCUCCAAGGGAGCCGAAGGGCUCACGAUCAUGCGCGUGGUGGUCAAGCAGAACUUCUCGUGCCAAAUGGCCAAGAUGCUCGUGCAGGAUAUUCUGCACGCGGUGGCGGCCCUGGAGCAGCACUCGCGGCUUCUUCACGUGUCGCCCGUGAAGACGAGUAUGGCCACCAGCAGCGUUGCGGUCCACCCGAUGCCGAUGCCCGCUGUAGUCAAGAUCAAGCACACGAAGCUCGGAUCCAGCAAGGCGGGCAGCAAUACGCCUAACAAGAACCCCAGGCAUGCCACGCACCUCAAGCUGUGCAUCUAA